UUGAUAUUGCACAUUUUGUGAACGGACGUCAUUCAAAGAUCAUCCGUAUUGAAUCUUCCGCUAUUUUACAGUUGCGCGCGCAAUCAUGAAUCAAGCUCCUGUUUCGUGUAUUCCUAACAGCAAGAUGUCAAGACCGAAGAAAGUUAUUGAUGAAGCAAAAGAAAUCCAGAAUCCAGAGUUGGAUUUGGCAGAUAAAGGGAUAGCAUCGUUCGAAGAAAUGCCAGGACUGUUCAAUAUGCUGAACAUAACAAGAUUGACUCUAAGUCACAACAAAAUCCAGGUUGUACCACCUGGCCUUGCAAAUCUGGUUAAUUUGGAAAUCUUAAAUCUUUUCAAUAAUCAAAUUGAAGAGCUUCCAACCUCAUUGUCUUCUAUGCCCAAGUUACGCAUCCUAAAUGUUGGUAUGAACCGCUUGGGAGUUCUGCCUCGAGGAUUUGGAACGUUUCCUAUGCUGGAAGUAUUGGAUCUAACGUACAACAAUUUGGACGAGAGUACGUUACCUGGGAACUUUUUCAUGAUGGAAACUCUGCGUGCCUUGUACCUUGGUGACAAUGACUUUGAAUUCUUGCCAGCAGAAGUUGGACAGCUCAAGAAUCUCCAGAUACUGGUCCUUCGUGAGAAUGAUCUUGUGGAACUGCCCAAAGAGGUUGGUGAUCUCAGUAGACUGCGUGAGCUUCACAUUCAGGGUAAUCGGCUCACUGUCUUGCCGCCAGAGAUUGGCAACCUUGACCUGGUCAGCAGCAAGUCUGUUCUGAAGAUGGAGAACAACCCGUGGGUGACACCUAUUGCAGAUCAGCUCCAGGUGGGAGUGUCCCAUGUGAUGGAUUACAUCCGCACAGAAACAUACAGAUAUGUGUACAACCGCCAUGUUUCUGCAGAUAGACCACCUCCUCCUAAGACCAAUGAUAAGAGUAAGAAGAUCUCACGAGCCCGUCAGCAGAGUUAAGUGGUAUAAAUGGCCAGAAUUUAUUGGGCACACCAAAAGAUGCCAGAAUGUCACCCUUAGCACAGAAAUGUGUUUCAGACUACUACUCUUACUAAUACUAGUUUUUUAACUAAGUACAGAUUUUGUCUACAUAAAAUUUGUAGGACAUAACCUCAGAUAAUAUUAAUGCAUAAUAUGAAGGCUGAAGAUGUAGGUUCUUAUGUAAUAUGAAGUCAUUACACUGUCAAAAUAAUAGAAAAACCUCUGUUCCCAUUUUCUGAUUAACCUUAGUUCUGUUAAUGAUAUGUAGUUUUUUUUUUUUUUU